CAACGAUCCGUUGGUAUUCUCCAAAGUGUAAAGAGCUAUGGAGCUCUUCCUUCAGCUAAGCUGUCUUCUGUGCUCAGCUCCUGAUCCAACUUGUAAACACUCACCUUGACAGCUCCUAUCGUUAGCAGGAUAACAAUCAUCAAUCAAGAAGACAUCAACAUACAAUCACAAUGCCUCGAUCGAUAUGGGUACAGGAUAAUAUCCUGGCGCUGCUACGCCCUUCGCUGCUUCUUCUGACUGGUGCCUAUCACUUCUUCAUGACCAUCCUCGAAGUCAUCUUUGUCGAACGCAGACCACUCACGCUUUUCAACAUUACCAAGCUCCGCUAUAAAUCGUUUGCACGCCUUUGGACCAAGAAUGGAGAAGCGAUGUCUAUCGAAAUGCCGGGUCCCCUCACGGAGCUACUGUCAACCUGCGAAGGCGUGGUCCUCAACAUAGGCCCUAAAUCCGGUGAGAUACUGUCCCGCUUUAACGCAAACCGUAUCACAGUCAUGUACGGUGCAGAACCUGCCGAAGAUUUCCACACAGACCUGUUGAGGAAUGCGCAGAAGAAGGGUUUCGGCGACAAAUAUCACGCCUUACAAUGCGGUGGUGAACCUGAGAGCCUGAUCCCGGCGCUGUACAAGAGUGGGAUUUUGGAAGUCAGUGGCAGGGCCGGUCUGGCUUCGGAUGGCGUGUUCGACGAGAUCUGCUGCGUGCGAGUGUUGUGUGGCGUACCUCAUGCCCAACAGACCAUCAACGGGCUUUACAACCUCCUCAAGCCCGGCGGUCGUAUGAUCAUCUGCGAACACGUCGUCAAUCCAUGGAGGACCGAGGGUCGGAUGCUCGCACGGUUCAUGCAAUUAGUCUACACGCUGCUCGGAUGGCCAUUCUUCAUGGGCGGUUGCGAACUACAAAGGCACACCCCAGAUUUUCUCAAGGACGCUGGCGAGUGGGACAAGUUCGACCUGAAGUACUACGGACCGAAGGAUGCGAUUCCAUUCGUUGUAGGAGAACUGGUGAAGAAAGGAGGAAAGUCAUACGCUGAGGUUGUGAAAGAGUAAACGAGAUGUACGCCGCGGUGCUAUAACGAUAACACCUCUGAACGCCUCUGAGCGCAAUCAAGUUUCAAUCUGGCGCAAAACUGACCAUGUGUACUGCAGUGUGUACAGUGUUAGGCAGCCUGAGAUGUACUUCGAAAGGGC